CAGUCUCAACAGAAACAAAAACAAUAUUUUUCCUAAUGGAUGGGCAGCGCCCCUUUCAAAACAUCACCAAAGUCUAACUGUGGUUGUCAAUUCACCUGCCAAGCGUGGUAACUACUGGCAAAAUCCCCAACAGGGGAGGCCUAUAUUCGGCAGUGGAUAGUAGACAGCUGGUAUGAUGAUGAUGAUAUUACAGAAACAACUGGAUGCGGCAGAUGGUGAUGAAGAAGCCAGCGGCACUUGGGAUAUGACCGCUUCGUAUGUUACCGAGUCUGGAGUUAAGGAAGUAUACAAUGAUAUGCUGCAAGACUGUUAUGGAAUAACUCUCUCUCACCUAACACAAUGGGGACCCAGCCAUCUAAUGUGCUCGUUAUGUGCCUCUCAUCUCCGUGAUGCCAACACCUUCCGGGAGCAAGUGUUGCAAGCUGACAAGCAUUUCACUGCUUACUGGAGCCGACCUGAAGCGUUCAGUGAUGUUCCAAUAAAAUGCGAAGGCGCAAGUCCACAUUCGGAUUCAGCUGAGCCUCCAUACACAGAUGACGAAAGCAAUAUUACACUGAACAGUUACAUAAGUCCAGAAAAAUCCAAGGCGUUAAGAAAGAGAGAGAAGUCGGGCGUAAAGAGCAAAAGAGAGAGAAAAAAGAUCAGUUCGGACGACGACUAUGAUUCUGACGUGCCAAUUUCGUUGUUGGUGAAGGACGGCGAUAUGGGGAGACUUGAAGGGAAGAAAGAGACAGAUGUAAGGACUAAAGAUCAAAAUAAACCAUUGGAAUCGAAGACGAGCAAGAUUAAAUCACAAAAUUAUAUCGACAACCGCGAAUUGCGUUCAAACAUAACUUUAAUAUUGAAAUAUUCAAGCGUAAUACCAUUUAGGCAUGUAAAUAAUAGUAAAUAUGCAUGUCUGUAUUGUGCCAAUGAGUAUUUGCUUUUUAAUAAAUUAAAAAAGCAUGUUAUAUCAAUACAUAAUGAUUUAGAAGAAGAUGAAAUUACUGCGUGUUUAAAAACGCCCAAGGAUUUGGUGAAAGCUGAUAUUAACGACUUAAUAUGUAAACUGUGCAAAGACAAAUUUUUAACCAUAGACAAUUUCGUUGAACACCUCACGGGAAUUCACAAUAAAGUUUAUUACAGUUUGUCUAGAGUCAACCCUUCGCAUGGCAUUUUGGCUUUCGACUUGAGCUCGGAAAAUUUGAAAUGCCUAAUGUGUUCUAAAGAGUUUAGGUUCUUUAAAAACUUGUCUAUGCACAUGAACGAGCACAGCACUAAUUUCAUGUGUCACCGAUGCGGUAAAAACUUCGUAUCGGACCAUAGACUACAAACGCAUGUCAUUAUGCACAAUAAAAAAAAUAUAAACUGUAAACACUGUAAUAAAAGUUUUAAAACCGUAUCGGCUAGGAAUUAUCAUAUUAAAAAGGUUCAUAGCGAAGUUAAAUAUAAAUGUUCCGAAUGUUCACAAACAUUUGAACAAUAUUACCAAAGAUUGAGGCAUCUAGUUGAUAGUCACGACAUGAAAAAACCUAAAUUCAAAUGUCAUAUCUGUGAGAAAGAGCUGGCAACAUCGGGUGGUUUAGCGGCUCAUAUAAGGUACUCCCAUUUAAAAACCACCCAAUAUACAUGUGAAUUAUGUGGUAAAUUAUUCGUAUAUAAAUGGAUAUGGCAACGCCAUAUGGCGGUACACAGUGGCGCGAAAAAUUUCGAAUGCAAAGUUUGCAAUAAAAAAUUCGCCAAAUCAUACACUCUACAGAUGCAUACGAGAAUACAUAUGAAUGACAAAAGGUUUUCCUGUGACGUAUGUAAAACUGCAUUUAUACAGAAAUGUAGUUUAAAAAAUCAUUUUAAAGUACAUCACCCUGAGACUACAAUAGAAUGAAUGAAUGAAUGAGUAUACUUUAUUUGCAUUAUACAAUAUAGGAAAUAAGCAAGGCAAUUUACAAACACAACGAUACAAUUGUAUAAGUACAGUGAGGCGGUCUUAUUGCUGAGAGCAAUCUUUUCAAGACAACCUUAAGGUAAUGGACUAAUUGUUGUACAAGUAGGUAUAUUAGUGCUUUAUAAUUAAAAAAAACAUCUUUUGCAAAUUAAAAAUAUAUAAAAAAAUUAUAUACAUAUAUACACACACAUAUAUACAUAUAUAUAACAUACAUAUACAUAUACACAUACAUAUAUACAUACAUACAUAAUAGAGUAGGAUAUAUGUCAAGGCUGGCCAAUAGAUUUUCUUUCUCUCUUCCUUUUAAUAAGUUUAAAACUGUUAUUAAAAACACUUAUUGAACAAAACCUAUUACACUCUAAAUGAUAAUUUUAAUGACAGGUGUUAGUCGAUCAUGCACGGGGUUUUUAACGACCAUGUAAUUUUAGACAUAGUACAUUUAAAUAAAUACACAUAAUGUUAACAGAGAUUUAAAAGAGUAACUGUUAAGUUUUUUGCGGGCUCUUCUCAACAGAUAACAACUUUCCGAAUCCUGCAGUAGAUUUAAAAAAUACGACGAUUUAACGUGCUUGUAAACAAGUGUAUUUAAAUAAACAUGAUUUGUAAUUUAAGAAACGUGCAAAUACAAUGCGUAGUCGGCCAGCAUUGAUAAGGCAAAGUUUAGAAUUAAUGUGGCUCCUACGGGCUGAACUAGCAAUGAGCCUGUUGCAUUUUUUUUCUUUUUUUUUUUAAUAAUACAAGAGGCACACGAGUAUGCAGCUAAACAAACGUAACGAGAAUCUUAUUUCUUAUAAGUGUAUGUGUAAUAUGUAUUAUGUAACUUUGUAUUAUUCUUUAAGUGGUGCAAUAAAGAGGUAAAUAAAUAAAUAAACAGGGAAGAAAAUUUCUAGAGUGGCUUUUCUGUAUAAACUAACACAUUUUAGAACAAUUUUUCAUCACUGUAGCGACGAGUUUUUUUUUUAAAAGCUCAGGACUAUUUCUUUUUAUAGCAGUUUAGAGGCCUGUGUUUA